AAAUGUAAGGAGAAAUAGCUCAGGAAAUCCAACUUUGUUUUAUUGUGUGUAAAAUCAAGUGGAAUAGCAGUACAAAUAGCAGUGUAUCUUUAUAGUAACAAAAAUAACUUCAACUUGAAAGCCUUAAAAUUUACCACUGAAUUCUUAAGUUAUAAAAUUCAAAAGCAGUAUUGUAGUAAUUCGAUAGAUACAAAAAUGGUAAAUAGGCAUCUGCUGGUGCAUACAGAACAGUCUGAGAUGCAUCUCAAUCACAACAUACAUACAUGGCACAGCAGUAAUGUACUGAAUAAGUUAGUCUGCCACCUCCUCAUGUUCUAUUUACAACAGCUUACCUGAAGACUGCUUAAGGAAAGUAUAGAUAUGUAUAAAUCAACUGAAGGGGAUUAAGAACUCCAGUUUUUGGAUAAUUGUAGAGCUAGCUGGUUAACAAACCACUAGGAUGCUAGAUAAUUAACUUAGUGUUACAGCAAGAAUCUUAAAUCCUGUGGCAUUUGAUUUAAACAACUUAGUAUCUUACCAGAAGUUUAAAUUUGGUCAAGAGGCACUUUUGGAAAUUACUGGCAUAUUCAUCUCUUCCAUCCAAUAAAUCAGUGAUUUAAGCAAAGUCGUCUAGAAGACCAAAAUCCACCCCUCACAAUUCAAGUCUGAUAGAAGUAGAAUGAAGAACUGAAGGCUCUACAGCUACAAGCAGCUCUUUUGGGUGUGAGGCGUGACUGUCGGGCCCGGCCGAGGGUGCCGCGGAGCAGCGCGCCGCCGUGGAUGAGAGUUUCGUUGGGAGAGAGGAGGUCCCGGAGCCCGGCUGGGAGCCAUGGCCGCGGUGGUGGCCAAGCGCGAGGGGCCGCAGUUCAUCAGCGAGGCGGCGGUGCGGGGGAACGCCGCCAUCCUGGACUACUGCAGGACGUCUGUCUCGGCCCUGUCGGGCGCCACGGCCGGGAUCCUCGGCCUGACCGGCCUGCACGGCUUCAUCUUCUACUUCCUGGCUUCCGUCCUGCUCUCCGUGCUCUUGGUGUUAAAAGCCGGACGGCGAUGGAACAAGUACUUUAAAUCCCGAAGGCCGCUUUUCACGGGGGGGCUUAUAGGAGGGCUCUUCACAUAUGUCCUGUUCUGGACUUUCCUGUACGGCAUGGUUCACGUCUACUAAAACAACUAGGAGCCACAUUAGCUGCAGCGGUUUUUAAUGAAGCAGGAGGACUGUUGCCAAAAGUCAUCUACACAACUAGGCCAGCUUACCUUUUAAACUGUUGUUCAUCGCUUGUAUCGUUAAUACUGUCAGUAAAUUAUGUCCAAGUACAAAUGAAUCGGUAGUACUGUUCCAAUUAAACUGAAUGUGAAACACCA